CGUAUUUAGACAAUAAAAAGUGUAGUCAAAUAUUAUUAAAAAUUCAAUGAUCAUACAUAUCUUUCACUCACAGCCAAUGAAGGCAGUUUUCGAUUUUCGUAUUGAACAGAGAAUCAGAAGAGAAUGCCAUGCGGAAAACUGAGAAAGAUGAGCAUAUUAAAAUCGCGGCAGCUUUCUUCCGCAUCAGUUUUGAUGAAGAAGACAGCGAGAAGGAAGAUGAAAAGGAAGCAUCGCUAAUAAAAGAAUCGAACAAAACAUUUUCGCAGACAUCUGAUGAUGGCUCGAUAAGAACUAGCAAAAAGUCCAGCAUUGCAAAAACUGAAAUUUCCGCAAACUUAGCUGUAUCCGAGCCUGAAUUUUUGCCUUCUACAUCGUGUGUGCAAAGUUGCGUUUUUAAACACUUACAGCCGUCUGAAAACUCCGAUCUUCGAUCGAAAGCUUCGUCGACCUUGAAUACUGCGGAUGAAUGUGCGAUUUUAGAGCAUCAUAUUUUAAAAAAAGAUUAUAACAAGGAUAGCGAAGCGAUUUCAAAAAUCGAAACGCAAAAACUGACAGUACCGAUGGCGGAUUCCGACAAAGUCUUCUCCGAGCACAAGGUUUUCAUUGCGAAGAACUCGUCGGCAAGAUUUGAACCUUCAAUCGAGGAAGCACACAUUCACACGAUCUCAGCUACUAUAGACAAAUCAAGAAAUUCUCAAUUAACACCAAAUUUGUUGGAAAUUCCUUCAGAGAUUUCAGAAUUCAGUGAAUACUUUUGUUUUCCAAAAUCAUCAGAGCAGUCGACCGGUGAACACCCUCACUCGGAUACCAAAAAAGUACACGCCAUAAAAUCAGUGCCUUUAGUGACAACUACUGCGCAAGAUAGUCUCGAGAAAUCUAGCAAGAACGAUAGUCGCAGAUCAACGUUACCGAUGACAACCGCUGAUUUAAGCCAGUCCGCCUUCCACGAGAAGAACACCACGACCAUUCAACAAUUUCCAACCUUCGAGGACAUCCUAGCCGGGACUAGCGUGAAUCCUAUCCGGAAGUUUAGCAUCGCGAACGCGGCGAUUUGCUCCAGUCUGGCUCCGAGCUUGCUCGGAGCUAUUCCGGGCGUGCCGAACUCCCUCUUACCGAAUGGAGAUCACAGAGACGGUAAUUUGCAUCGAAGUGCUACUUUAUCAAACUUGUCAACCGCUUCCACUACCAUCAGCGACGAUACUUCCAUCGGUAAAACGCGUCGCGGAUUGAAGUCAUUCCUCCGCCUUCAUAUACCCGGCUCGCAUCCCGACACGAUACGAUGGCACGACGAGGACUAUCAUCAGCACUUGCAUCAUCACUAUCAGCACGAUCAUCAUCAUCACCAUCAUCAUCAUGUGUUCCCGCAUAUUCAUGUACCUACCAUCACCUUCACGGCGCCAGCCGAUGGCACUGGCCGCAAGUUCAACUUCGCCAUCCGAAGACACUCGCAAGGGACAUUGCAUCGGACUGACUCGAUAUCGAUGGUAUCGCUUUGUUAUCGAUCACUUACGAGCUACAUUGAAGAUGAUAAUCUCGUCGGACUGCAGAGUUUUCUCGAGAACAAACGAGUGCAGAUCGACGACAGAGAUGAGAAUAGUAGUACUGCCCUCAUCUUUGCAGCAACUAAAGGGAAACUACACUUCGUUCGAGAACUCAUCAAUCAUGGAGCGGACGUCAAUGCUGAAGACGCGGAUGAUUGGUCGGCAUUGCUAUGCGCGGCGAAGGAAGGCCACACUGAGGUCUGCCUCGAGUUGUUGGAGCAUGGCGCCGACCUGGAACAUCGAGACAUGGGUGGCUGGACGGCGCUUAUGUGGGCGACGUACAAGAACAAGUCGGCGACGGUGACAAUGCUACUAGCGCGUGGAGCUGACGUCAACGCCCAUGGAAAUUAUCAUAUUCCCGCAUUAUUAUGGGCCGCUGGCAGGGGUUAUUCCGAUAUAAUAAGAGAUCUCAUUGCUCAUGGAGCGAAGGUCAAUGUCGGCGACAAGUAUGGCACCACGGCACUUAUAUGGGCUUCGCGCAAAGGAAACGUAGAAAUAGUUGAUAUGCUUCUCAAGGCUGGGGCCAAUGUCGAUACAGCAGGCAUGUACUCGUGGACCGCCCUGCUCGUAGCAACUCUCGGAAACCAUGUGGAGGUAGUAUUGUUACUAUUGGAGCAUAAACCCAAUGUGAACGCUCUAGACAAGGACGGUUGCACUGCCCUAGCGAUAGCUUGCCGAGAAGGUCACCACGAAAUAACUAGCGCUCUUCUAAAUGCCGGCGCUUAUGUUAAUAUUCAAGAUCGAGCCGGCGAUACGAAUUUAAUCCAUGCCGUUAAGGGUGGUCAUCGAAGUGUAGUGGAAUCGUUGCUAAAGAAAUACGCGGACGUCGAUAUUGCCGGGAAGGAUAAAAAAACCGCAACUUACAUAGCAGUAGAGAAAGGCAAUGUACCGAUACUCAAAUUAUUACUAAAUGCUAACCCAGACCUGGAGAUUGCUACGAAAGAUGGCGACACACCUUUAUUAAGGGCGGUGAGGUCGCGUAACGCCGAAAUCGUGCAAUUGCUUUUAGACAAAAAAGCCAAGGUCUCGGCUGCGGACAAGAAGGGCGACACUGUACUACAUGUGGCGAUGCGAGCACGAUCGAAAGCGAUCGUCGAAAUACUACUGAGGAAUCCAAAGAAUAGCCAAUUAUUAUACCGUCCGAAUAGACAAGGCGAGACACCUUACAACAUCGACGUCAAUCAUCCCAAGACGAUUCUUGGACAGAUAUUUGGCGCUCGACGUUUAAAUACUAACGAGGAUAAUGAGAAUAUGCUUGGUUACGACUUGUAUAGCAGCGCGCUGGCAGAUAUUCUCAGUGAACCAUCACUUUCUACACCGAUGACUGUCGGUCUUUAUGCAAAAUGGGGUUCUGGAAAGUCAUUUCUAUUAAACAAACUGAAAGAGGAAAUGAAAAACUUUGCACGACAAUGGAUAGAUCCAGUAUUCCAGUUUUCUUUCUUGCUCUUUCUAGUAGUAGCCCACAUAUCCUUAGUAGUGGGUCUUAUCAUAGGUCUCACAUUACAAUCAUGGGUCAUCGGUUUAUCGUGCGGGAUAAGUUUAUUAGUUGUCGUUUAUAUAUUUCUGCUACUUGUUUGGCAUGCUUAUAAGAGAUACGAUUGGUACUGGCCAUAUAAUCUAACAGUGGCACUCACCAUAAAACUAAACGCGCUAAAACUACUAUUACAAAUCAUCUUUUGUCAUCCACCAGCCGGUCAGAGUAAUGAUAGUAUAGCCGUGCAACCGAUUAAAUUUUAUUUCACUGAUCAAACUCGCGUAGGAACAACUGCCGCCGGCGAGAACGCAAUAGUCCAAAUGAUCAGUUCGCUUUACGACUCAAUUGAGAACGAUUUUGGUUCGUUUUCAACCAGGUUAUACAGAGCGUUUCGGCCGAAACCGGAUAAAUCGACGACCAAGUGGAAAUGGAGGCAUCUAUGUUGCUUGCCAUAUAUAAUCAUAUUCGAAUUCUGUUUUUGCAGCCUGCUCAUCGGUCUUUCCGUGCUCACGGUAUAUUUAUUAGACAUAUCGAACAACGAGUCCAGGAUAGAUCGAGCCACUGCUCAUAUCAUCAUGAUCACGAUUGGCUUGAUUUUGGCCGUCAGUAUAAUAGCGAAUCUCUAUACAUGGAGCAGAAUGUUAAAAGCAUUAGUUUUCUCACAGAGGAGACAUCUUCAACGUAGCAUCUCAAAACUAGAGAUUCUAAAAAGCGAAGGAUUUAUUCAAACAUUAAAAAGUGAAGUCAAUUUAAUGACGGAAAUGAUCAAGUGCUUGGAUAGUUUCAAGGCUCAACAAAGUAGACUAGUUAUAAUAGUGGAUGGUCUGGACAGUUGUGAACAAGAUAAAGUUUUACUAGUUUUGGACGCUAUACAAGCCUUAUUUAGCGAUAACGGAUAUCCCUUUGUUGUAAUCUUAGCGAUUGACCCACAUAUUAUAGCUAAGGCAGUAGAGGUAAAUAGCAGAAGAUUAUUCUCGGAAUCGAAUAUUGGUGGUCACGAUUAUUUGCGAAAUAUAGUGCAUUUACCGUUUUACUUGCAAAACAGCGGCUUACGUAAGGUCAAGGUCGCGCAACAGACUGCUCAAUACUGUAAAAAGACGGUGUGGUCGGAGGCUGAGGAAAGCGUCAAUUAUACCGCGACUAGCACUAUGCAUCAUUCGGUAUCCAAUAGGAGACUUAGUUCGGAAUCCGCGGUAAUGAAUAGCAACGAAAAAUUGAAACCUCAGACUAGGAAAGGCAGCAGAAAAUUACGAUUGAGUGAAUCGAUUGCUAGUAGUAUCGGUAGUAAUCUAAAUCGGUUAGGCGGUGCACAGGAUCUUAACAAAAUGCUGCUUACUGACGAUUACUUCAGCGACGUAAAUCCACGUAGUAUGAGAAGAUUGAUGAAUGUCGUUUAUGUUACUGGGCGAUUACUUAAAGCAUUCCAAAUUGAUUUCAACUGGUAUCAUCUAGCUAGUUGGAUCAAUAUUACCGAACAAUGGCCUUUCCGAACAUCUUGGCUUAUUCUUCAUUAUGAUAUGUACGAGGAGACCCUAGAUGAUAAUAUGUCACUAAAAAGUCUUUACGAUAAAGUGCGACCGCAAAUUCCGGUGUUAAAAGAAGUGCAACCACUUCUCGAGAUAGAUAGGGAUGAACGCAAGCUAGACGUUUUCCUUACUUUUCAUCGAGCCAGUUUGCUUAUCAGCGAUAUGAAAAUAUUCUUGCCGUUCACUAUUAACCUAGACCCUUAUAUCAAAAAGAGGAUAAAAGAGGAACAACAAAGCAUCGAGGAAGACGCGAAUCUUUAUAAACAAACUGGUAUCUGGCAUGGUGCUCCAGCUGAGCAAUGGGUUCCGCAAAAAGGCAUGACGAUGAAUCGGCAUAUGAAACUUGUCAAACAAUCGAGUGUGCAGGGAUCUGUACCACCCACGCCAUCAUGGGGUUAUCAACCAAGCUUCGAAUGGAAUCCAUCAACUUGGGUACAAAUGCCACCCAUGGAACCAACGCCGAAACCGCUUUCGGUAACAACUACAUUACCGCCUGAAAUUUUGGAGAUAAAACUCUCAUCCUUAUCAGUGAAUGGGAUUUGUGAGUUGAUCGACAAGAUCGAUAGUCUUGACACGACUCAAACAUCAAUAUAUAAACAAGUUGUCAAAGAGAAUAACAUCAACGGCCGAGUUUUAUUACAUUGCGAUUUGCAAGAACUAAAAAAAGUGUUUAAGAUGACUUUUGGGGAUUGGGAAUUAUUUCGUAUGGUAAUUGUGUCACUAAGAGAAAUGGAACUUUCAUCCUUCACAUACGAGGAGGGUCCUCGAAGCGUGCGAUUUACUGUAGGAUCUGAACAAGUUUCACGGAAAGAUCACGCUUUGCGUGAAAAUAAUUCGAUGCGUAUGCCUGCUCACAUAGAGAAAGAGAAAGGAACAUCAAGAACAGACGGACCGCCCCGCCGUGAUCAAAAUAAACAAUCGAUCAUGGAAAAACAGUUCCAGGUAACGUUAGAAGAGCAAAUGAUAUGUGGAGCACUGCAGACCUUGAACGAAGAAGCUUGCGAAGAUGUAUUAGAUGUGCCACCAUCAACAGUGGCACCAACGACAGACUCACUUUCUUCAGGACCCGUUACCAACUCGACUCACGACACGGACUAUGUACUGCUUCAAGCUAGUCCGCUAUUUCGCUGGACGCCGAUUAACGAUGAACCGGCUAGCUCAGACGAUAGCUCGCAUGACUCCACCGUGUUUCUUCAACGUACCAAUUCUCAGCGCAGCAUCGCGUCCCAACACAGUACGAAAUCCGCCUAUUCGCACAAGCCCCCGAAAAAAACUAGCAGCAGCAUCAGCAUCACCAGACCAUCCUCGCUAUUUGUCUCUCCACCACCGUCGCCGAAACCCGCGUUUAGAUCCAAAUCGACUGACGAGAAAUUUAUGGGAAACAAUAUACCUCUGAAAACUACGUCGUCGGUACCUACUAAGAAGAGACGUUCGAUCUCAACAUUGAACGAUGAAAUAGUGAUAACGGUGUCCACUUCCAGUAUAGAGAAACUGUCGAAGUUCAAGGACCGCCUGAUCAGCACCGUACCAACGGAGUCUUCUUCGAUACCUAUUGAAAGUGACGACGAGUCCACGCCUCUGGUAUCUGAAAUGUCUACGCCAACACACUCGCAGUCGGAUAGCGUCUUCAAACACAGCGCGGAGAACAGCAGUUCACCUUCAUCCAAUAGGAGUUUACCGCGGGAUAAGGAACAUUGUAUAGAUAUAGAUUACUCUGACACUGCAAGUCUCGUAAUACGGGAGUCCUCGAACGAUCCGCAAUCGCCACCUCGUCAAGAUACCAAUGUGAAAUGGGAUAAUCCGGAAACGCCUGUCUGAUAUCCAUCCGAGUUUCGGAUAUGCUCUAAUGUGUAACAACUCGCAGUACAUGUUUGACUGAGGUACAAAGUCUGAAGAUGAAGAGAUGACUUCGACUAUCGUCUAUAGAAAAGGCCUAUAAAUGCGAUAUAUGUACUUAUGUCUUAAUGAUAAGUAUCGAGAUAAGAUACCGGUUUCACACAUGUAAAUAGAGCAAAUAGACAGCAUAUGAGAACUUUUUCUAGAAAUAAAAUAAAAACGUGUUCAUCCACUUAGUGAAGCUGACGAAUGCCUUUUUGCGCAUAUUGUUGUGCAAUAAUCUUUAAUUUAAUGAAAAGACUCGUACGAUGAUGAAAUGACAUUCCGUACAAAAUAUUAAUGCAUUUAUGAAUGCAAAUAUUUAUCAAUAUUUUUCUUUGUAUUACUGAAAUGUACUAAAAAGAGAAGACAAAGAACUUUUUUCAAUAUAUAGUGUCAAUCCCGAAUCCAAUAAUCGGUUUACGUCAAUUCGUAAUGCCAGUGCAAAAAGAUAAUUUAAAUAAUAAACAUUGAAAGAGAAUAUUAAAAAAAAAAGAGAUAAUCCGAACGACCAAUAAGUACACAUUAUCUAUUAAAUUAUCUAUUAAACUGUAUUUAUAUUUAGUACAAUUUAUGGAAGUUCAUCUCUAAUACAGUUCUAUUGAAUAGAUGUAGAAAGAUGUCUCAAAAAUAACAUAUACAUUAUGACGAUUUACCUAUAUCGCUUAUAUUUACUUUCAAAAAUUUUUUUUGUAAGCAAUUUAAAUAUUAUAGUAGGCAUUUAAUCAAGAUGUAUUCAUUUUAGCACUCUUUUAUUCAUUAAUAGUAUUUUUUUUUCUUAUCGAGACUGAUGAUAUACUAAUAAUCACAGAAGAGAGAAAAAUACAGAAAAUGUAUUAUAAUAAUAUGUUUGUUUUAUUAAAAAGCGAAAAUUACAUAACAUUAAGUAUAGGACACUUUAGGACGGAAUACAUCAGGGUAUCGACAACUCAAUACAAUACUGCAUAAAUAUAUAUGUAUAUAUGGAUAUAUUAGCUUUGAAAUUGUAUAUUAUUGUAUAUAUACAUACAGGGUUAUCUUCCGUCAUCUUUUAAAGACAGAUUCCUGGGAUCAUUUGAAGACGAUUUUUCCUCAGCGAAAAUGUCAAUGAAAGCCAUCAUUUUUUGCAUGU